AUGAAUCCACCAAACCCAACAGCAUUGAUCGAAAGUCUAAAUUCAAAGCAGACUACUCAAGGUCCGAGUCCUGAAGAGUGGGAAGAGAUGAAGGAGCGCAUCUUUGAGAUCUACAUCACCCAAGGACAGGCUUUAAAAGUCCUUGUAUCCGAAAUGAAGACUCGCCAUGGAUUUGAUGCAACACCCAAGAUGUACACCACCCAUUUCAAGAAAUGGAGUCCACGUUUCAAUAAGAAUAGGAGAGAAAAUGAUGCUGAAGUAGCUCCAACUACAAUCAAUAUUCCCCGAACGCGAUUCUUUGUCUACGGCUUAUUUGAUACCUUCAACUUCUCUUCUAAUUUGUUCGAUAUCAUUGUUCCUCCAGGAAUCCCGGACUUUUUGCCAGCCUGGCAACAGAUAAGCGAUGAGUGCUUUGGAGUCACUACUCUACUAGAGGAAGGGCAAUAUCCAGAGAGUCGGCAAACCUUCAACAUCUUAUGUGAGAGGUUAAAGAAUAUUUUUGGGAGCAAUGAUUGUGGAAUGAUCAUUGUGAUAUGGCCGAUUUGUAUCAGGCUCCACCAGACUGGCCAGCUUCAUAACAACUUUGCGCUGCUUGAGUACUUCUUGGACCUUCUUCGAUUCUUAGCACAUCAACGCUAUCCCAGUGGACAUCCAAUUCCGAACUUGCUGAAAUUCUUGCGCCAGACACCAACCCAAGAUCGUUUCGAGAUCCUGCGAGUUGGCUAUCUGCGAACAAUUCACUGUUUUGAACGCCGCGCUGGCUUUGGUAAUGCCGUUGUGCUCUCUAUGUGGUCUAAGUAUCUCAAAAGGUCCAAUAGCCAAGAAUUACCUGCGAGUGCACUCACUUGUCGUUAUGAGAGUGUACUACAGGAGGCUCAGAACUCUUUCACAAAUACCGGGACCAGGACCAUUGAGAUCCUUCAUGGUUACAUUUAUGCCGCAUACUAUAACGCCAAUGAUGAGAUGUUAACCUGGAAUCUUGCCUUCAAGAUGGUUGAUGGAGCAUGGCCAGUUGGGCUCAACCAACCGGAAUGGUGUUUGGCUACACAAGGCUAUGCCAUGGCUGCAAAGCUUUUGUAUGCUGUGUCAGAGCAGACUGGCCAUGGGAACCAAGGCGAAGCAAUGUUGUGCUCUGCCAUUACCAGGCUUGCUUGCGGCGAUAGAGAGUGCCGGACAAGAGCCCUUAUGUUGGCAAAUAUGUUGGGGGAUAUGGGGAGUCAGUUAUUGUAA